GGCGAAGCCUUUGCUCCUGCCGCGUUGACAGCGUCAGGCUUUACAAUGGUUGAUACCGAAAUGCCGUUCUGGCCCAUGAGCUUUGGUAUUAGCCCAGUUGAUCUUUCUACAAUGGAUGAACAUGCCCAUGCAUUUGACAUAAAGCCCUUCAGCACCGUUGAUUUUUCCAGCCUUUCUUCGCCACAUUAUGAGGAUCUCCCUCUUGCAAGAACUGACCAGAUAGCCCUUGACUAUAAAUAUGAUGUGAAAUUUCAAGAUUGUCAAAAUGCAAUUAAAGUAGAACCUCCGUCUCCACCAUAUUUCUCAGAAAAACUUCAGAUGUAUAGUAAGCCUCAUGAAGAAGCCUCUAGUUCUCUCAUGGCUAUUGAAUGCAGGGUGUGUGGGGACAAAGCUUCUGGGUUCCAUUAUGGAGUACAUGCAUGUGAAGGUUGCAAGGGUUUCUUUCGCAGAACAAUCCGUUUAAAAUUAAUCUAUGAUCGAUGUGAUCUCAACUGCCGCAUUCAUAAAAAAAGUAGAAAUAAAUGUCAAUAUUGCCGAUUCCAAAAGUGUCUUGCAGUUGGAAUGUCACAUAAUGCUAUUAGGUUUGGGCGAAUGCCACAAGCUGAGAAGGAGAAACUCUUGGCAGAGAUUUCAAGUGACAUCGACCAGCUGAACCCUGAGUCUGCUGAUCUGCGAGCCCUGGCCAAGCUGCUCUAUGAUUCCUACAUAAAGUCUUUCCCCCUGACCAAAGCCAAGGCAAGGGCAAUCUUGACAGGAAAGACAACAGACCAAUCACCAUUUGUCAUUUAUGACAUGAAUUCCUUAAUGAUGGGAGAAGACCAGAUCAAGUGUAAACAUUUGACCCCCAUGCAAGAGCAAAACAAAGAAGUGGCCAUACGUAUCUUCCAGCGCUGCCAAUUUCGCUCGGUGGAAGCUGUUCAGGAAAUCACUGAAUUUGCCAAAAGCAUUCCAGGUUUCGUGAGUUUAGACCUCAAUGACCAAGUAACUCUCCUGAAAUAUGGAGUGCAUGAGAUCAUCUAUACACUCCUAGCCUCCAUGAUGAAUAAAGAUGGCGUUCUCAUAUCCAAUGGACAAGGAUUCAUGACUCGGGAGUUCCUAAAGAGUCUGCGGAAACCUUUCUGUGACUUUAUGGAGCCAAAAUUUGAGUUUGCUGUCAAAUUCAAUGCACUGGAAUUAGACGACAGUGACCUGGCAAUAUUUAUAGCUGUCAUUAUUCUUAGUGGAGAUCGCCCUGGAUUACUGAAUGUGAAACCUAUUGAAGAUAUUCAAGAUAGUUUGCUGCAAUCACUAGAACUCCAGUUAAAGCUGAAUCACCCAGAAUCAUCACAACUGUUUGCAAAAUUGUUGCAGAAAAUGACAGACCUCAGACAGAUUGUAACAGAACAUGUGCAGCUGUUGCAAAUUAUAAAGAAGACGGAGACAAACAUGAGCCUUCAUCCACUCCUACAAGAAAUUUACAAGGAUUUGUAUUAAGGGUCAUCAGAUUUCUAAUUCAUUUACAUAAGUACGUUCAUCAAAUUGCACUAUUUCUUUAAGAGGGAAAAUAUUACAUACCUAAGAAAUUACUGUGAAAAAAACCAUUUAAAAAGAGACAGAGCUUUACUAUUAUAGAUCUAUU